CAUAUUGCCUAUUAUGAGAAAAGUGUUUAUCGUGUGUGUUUUUUUUGGGAAGUGCUGCGUGUGUGCAGUUCGCAAGAUUACUGACAGACUCUCAGGGUUUAAAUUAAACAUCUACCUUCAUGCAGCUCAAUUCCUUUUUGUCACAUUGUAAAGAUAUAUUAGGGCAGGUGUGAAUUUUGUAGUGAAUACAUUGGUAGAAGUCUUUGCUUUUUAUAUUGCUUUGAUUGUCAAUUUAGGUAACAUCGUAUGUACAUUCGCCUGUAUAUUAUUCUUGGAUGAAACUCCGGACGUCGAAAAGGCAGUGUUGACAUCUAAGCUAUCACCUUGUAUAGCAAACGAAACAAGAUGUAUUAUAAAUGUGACUGUUUAAACUGAAGCGAAUCAGUGGUGUGUGAAAAACAAACAGUACAGAAUUUUAUUCCCGUCUGUAGUAGAAUUACAUACGUAACCAGUUACUGUCUUGCAUAAUUGCUAAUUCACAUGGCGUGACUAGGGGCCGUGUGAGAUUGCAUCCUUAUCCCAGGCCUGUCUUAAUGGAUGGGGCCACUUCUGCUACGAUGUAAGCACAGAGCUUAUUACAAAUAGGCAUCAUAAACCGAGAAUACUUGCAAUAAGGCCUAGAUCAUUUAGUACAAAUUUUAAUGCCUAAGGGUACUGAAAGGCUGAGUUGAUCCAAGGCCUAUUAAGAGGAUGACCAUAUUUCAGAUAGCAAAUUGGGCUCAAUUUGAUGUUGGUCUUCCCUGAAGUGUUUAAAGUUCUCCAAUUUGCUGCAACGCUGGAAGUGCAACACUGUUCCAAUGUUUACCUGGAUUCAGUUGAAAUCAUUGUUAUUUCUGCUGUUUGUAUGUUUUGGGGCAUCAAGCAGCAAUGUUGCAACCACUGCUCGCUGCGAAUAUUACAAUGACACAUUAUGCCAGGAAUCCAAGCAAGGUUGUUUUGAGACUCAAGAAUGUGAACAGCCUGAGCCUGAAAAGCGAAAUCAUUGCUUUGUGCUGUGGCAGAAUAAUAGCAUGGGAAAGCCAUAUAUCAAACUUAAGGGUUGUUUUUUGAACAACAUUGAUUGCUAUGACCAACCUAAAUGUGUCGAGAAGCGGGAGGAGCCAAAAAAAGCUCUUAUGUUUUGCUGCUGCGAAGGUGACAUGUGCAACCGAAACUUUACUUGGGAGCCUGUCUCUACCCACUCUCCACCCAGUGCAGUUCCGAAGCCUGUUACGAACAUAAGUGAGGAUGGACUGGAUGUAAUGGUGUACACAUUGGUGCCUGUCCUUAUUCUUGCCAUCAUUAUUGCUGCUGUCUAUUGGUUCUACCGUCAGCGGAAGCUUGCUUACUUCAAUGAGCUUCCUACGAUUGAACCCCAUCCCUUACCACCACCCUCACCUCUUAUGGGUCUGCGCCCCAUUCAACUUCUGGAGAUUAAAGCCAGGGGACGUUUUGGUGCUGUAUGGAAGGCUCAGUACAAGACUGAUACUGUUGCAGUCAAGAUAUUCCCUAUACAGGAUAAACAGUCAUGGUUAUCUGAGCAAGAGAUUUUCAAGCUGCCGCACAUGGACCAUGAGGACAUCCUCAGAUAUAUUGGAGUGGAGAAACGUGGAGACAAUUUGCAGGCAGAGUUCUGGCUAAUCACUGCUUUCCAUGAGAAGGGUUCACUUUGUGACUACCUCAAAGCUAAUAUUGUAACUUGGACUGAAUUGUGUCGCAUUGCUGAAACAAUGGCCAGAGGAUUGAUGCAUCUGCAUGAGGAGAUUCCAGCCAACAAGGCAGAUGGCUAUAAGCCUGCUAUAGCACACCGAGACUUCAAGUCAAAGAAUGUCCUACUCAAGUCUGAUUUGACAGCCUGCAUUGCUGACUUCGGGCUGGCUCUUAUCUUUCAACCUGGAAAACCUUGUGGUGACACACAUGGCCAGGUGGGAACACGGAGGUACAUGGCACCUGAAGUCUUAGAGGGAGCCAUAAACUUUUCGAGAGAUGCCUUCCUCCGCAUUGAUAUGUAUGCCUGUGGGUUGGUACUGUGGGAACUAGCAUCUAGAUGCACAGCUCAAGAGGGUCCGAUCCCAGAGUACAUGCUUCCGUUCGAGGAGGAGGUGGGCCAACAUCCAACUCUUGAAGACAUGCAGGAGUGUGUAGUGCAGAAGAAAAUGAGGCCUAGCAUCAGAGAGACGUGGCGCAAACACUCAGGUCUUGUGGCUGUUUGUGACACAAUGGAGGAAUGCUGGGACCAUGAUGCUGAGGCACGGCUCUCUGCCUCGUGUGUCGUGGAGAGAGUGGCGCUACAGUCUCGCUUACUACCGAUUCCUGUUACCACGAUCAGAAUGAGCCCUCUUGUCGGUGAGACUCCACAUAAAGAGUCCAGCAUGUAGAAAGCUCAGCAUACUAUGUUGGAUCUUUUUUAUCGAGUACCUGCACUUCAUCUACAGUACCUGGAACAGAGAAACACGUUUGUUUGUACAUGUUAACAAGAUGGGGAAACCUGCCAGUGCUGUUGUUACCUCCAUAUAUUCAUUCAUUUCUUCAUUCUUGAACCUGUGCCAAUUGAAAGUUAGUUAUCUUGUACAGACGAGAUGGUGUAUUAGUUUCGUUCAAGAGUUGUCAUGUCAUUCAGUGCACUGUGCUGUGUGGCCCCAUGGGUAACUGUCAGGCAGUUAUUGUAAAGGAUUGGAAUUGAGAUGCAACAUAUCCUACUGCUAAGAAAAGUAGACGGAAGUGUGACAGAGUAGCUAGAUGGUGAAUGUCAGACAGCCACAUUAUGUGACGGUAUACUAGUUCUUACAUUAGGUACAUAACUUCUGACUACUAACUAUAUGUUAUGAGUGGAUAUAUUGUAAAAUUUGUAAUAUAUGUGUUUCAAAUUUUAUUUGUGCCACUUAAUCAUAAUUAAUUAUUAUCAGGAGCAUUAUAUAUGUUGAUAGUGUGCCUGUGUGACAUUCGAGUUUAAUAUCCGUUACUUAAGGCUUGUCAUUUGCUACUUUCACAGGAGAGAGGCGUGUUAGGAUUAAAUGGUAGAUGGAGUAAAUUUUUUUUUUUUUUUUUUU